GGCCGCUUCGCCGACCGCACACUACCCCCAGACAGCCGCAACGAGCACCUCCGCGCCCUCCUCCGCACCUACCUUGCGACCAUGCACGCCCUUGGCGCCGAGACCUGGCUCAUGCACGGCUCGCUGCUCGGCUGGUGGUGGAACCGCCGCAUCAUGCCAUGGGACUCGGACAUUGACGUGCAGGUCACGGAGCCCGCGCUCAAACUCCUCGCAACGCACCACAAUAUGAGCGUGCACGUCCGUGACGAAGACGUGGAUGUGAUUGUGGGAAAUAGGGAGUAUCUACUCGAGAUCAACCCACACUGGAAGAACACGAGUUACGCCGACAAAUACAACGUCAUCGACGGGCGCUGGAUCGACAUGAAAACCGGCCUGUACAUUGACAUCACCUCCGUGCGGUGGAACCAGUCAUCCCCCGUGCCGGGGACACUGUACUGCAAGGACCGGCACCACUACCUCAGCCGGCAGAUAUUCCCGCUGCGGACGUCGGAAUUUGAGGGCGUGCCGGCGAAAAUCCCGUAUGCGUAUCAGGAGCUGUUGGCUGAGGAGUAUGGGACGGAGAGUCUGGUACAGACGGUGUAUAGGAAAGAGGGGCAUGUUUUUGAUAAGGAGAAGAUGGAGUGGGUG